AUGAUUAAUAAUACUAAGGAGAACACCGAUCUGUGUACCCCUGAACAAGACAACUGGGUGCAAUGUGAUCGGUGUGAAAAAUGGAGGAAGCUUCCUGCCUACAUUGACAUGAACAACUUGCCCAAAAUAUGGUACUGUAAUUUGAAUAUGGAUACUAGAUAUAAUUCUUGUGAUGUAGAAGAGGAAGUAGCUACUUAUAAUUCAGAUGGGGGAAAACAUUUCCAUGCAGGGCACUUCAAUAUUGGUCAUGUUGCUACUGAGCUGGAAAGGGAAAGGGGUCUACACGCAGACGGUGAUAUUCUUACCGAUGAUGGACGCAGCAACAUGGUUACUGCCAUCGACCCCAGUGCUGGCGCUCAUCAUAUCGAGGAACAGUAUUCAGUGGGUAGAGAAUCCUUCCACGUGAGUAGUUCCCACGCCGAUGUUACUAAGGCGUAUGAUGAGGCUAACGCAUUUGUGAUCAAAGGAUCUCACCAUAGUAAUGUCAACCGUGGUAGUGGUAGCCAAGGCAGCAGCAACCAAGGCAGCAGUAACCAAGGCAGCAGCAACCAAGGCAGCAGCAACCAAGGCAGCAGUAACCAAGGCAGCAGUAACCAAGGCAGCAGUAACCAAGGCAGCAGUAACCAAGGCAGCAGUAACCAAGGUAGCAGUAACCAAGGCAGCAAUAACCACUACAGUGAUGGCAAAUUUUUUUCAUCUCUCCCCGCCAAGGAGUUUUUCAUCCAUGGAGAAAAAAUUCCCGCGGUGGCACUGCGUAACACUGUUGCGCUCGCGUUUGGCAGCUCUGAGGAUAUGAGUGGUCCUAACUGUGAAGGCAAAAAUACACAUAUGGGAAGUAACGAUAAACGUGUGGACGGCCAUCUUGGCAUGCACACCACACAGGUCAGCAUAAACACGAAAGGGCAGCGCGAAAAAGAAGGCGCGAUGUUACCGAAGAAGCCGCUCAAGGGGGAAGAAGGGGACAAGGGCGGUGGAAAUCCAAGGGGGAACAACGCAAAUCGUGGCGUGACCCCCGUCCCCAACUACGUUAAUGUUAAUAACAGUUAUUUGAAGCAGGCUGAGGGGGAAGACGAACAGCGCACCCCCUGCGGCAAGCCAGGAAAUGACGCCCACAAUGUAGUCACCAAAAAUGGGAAGAAGAAAAAUAAGGACUCAAAUAAGGGCACAAAUAAGGACUCAAAUAAGGGCACAAAUAAGGACACCAAUAAGGGCACAAAUAAGGGCACAAAUAAGGGUACAAAUAAGGGCACAAAUAAGGACACAAAUAAGGGCACUAAUAAGAACGCCUAUAAGAAUGCUAAUACGAAUAGGCGGAAGGACCUGCUAGCGCGGCACAAACGAAGCAACAGUGAUGGAGGGAUAUAUGAGAACCAAAGACGCAAAGAAGAGUUUUCCCUGCACAGGAUGCACGCGAGCGACACGGAUAUGAACACAGCGAGCAACGUGAAAAGGUACAAGAAUUUUAAAAAAAAUGCAAGCAGCUGGGGCUCCACCCCGUUUUAUUCCUUUAUGCACUCAAUCGUUAACAUAAAUUUGAAAAAUAAAAUUAAGAAACCUUUGGGGAAGGAAAAAAAUAAAAAGAGGGGAGAAGAAGAACCCCCGAGGGGAAUUUCGACCUGCGAAGUGAAGGAGAAAACGGAAGAUAGCGAUGCCAAUGAGAACAGGCUGGAGGACGACUCGCACAGCGCCAUUAACUCGAAUAGAGGGCUGUCAAACGAGGGAGGCAGCCUCCAGAAUGAUAACUCGGAGAAAGCGAAUCACCGCUUCGUCAAAGGUGAGAAAGAAGCAGAAGAAAGGGGCCACGUACACAAUGGAGUUCUCUCCCACAUAAACGUCGCGCAAAAUUAUAUGACCGUGCCAAACAAGUCGCCUGAUUUAGGAAAAAAUAACUCACCCAAGAAGGAACACCACGAUGUACGCUUUGGGAGUGCUCCUUCGAAUGACCAAGCCUAUUACGCCUUCCUGACUGAACCGAACAAUGUCGUCGCGGAAGAUGCACGUAACACCACCGGGGGAGUAUAUCCAAACAACAGCGGCAGUCAGACAGUAAACGGAACCAACACCACCUCCAACAAUGUAGUUAAUUGGGUCCAAUGUGAAAGCUGCAAAAAGUGGCGAAAAGUCGACGCACAUAUUAACAUCAACCUAUUGCCGGACGAAUGGUAUUGCAAUCUGAACUUCUGGAGCAGAUACAACAACUGCAAAGUGGAGGAGGAAAUAUAUAUUGAGGAAAAUCUGAACUUAGAAUUAGAGCAUAACUUGGACAAAGCACAACAACAGGGGGUAGCUAUGGAGGAGGAAAUCGUAAUCCCCCCUAUGGAAGGUCCAAAAGUAGACAAAAAGGGUAAGCGAAACGAGAAGAACCAACUGAGCGAACGGGCUAGCAAGAAGGAUCACCCCACAAAGGGGAAUGCUCUGCAAUUCCAAGAAAAAAUCAAUCACGCAGGGAAAGGAAAAUCAAGUAAAAAGAACCGAAAUGGAAAUAUCCCCAUGAUUAGCAGCAAUAGUGAUGUGAUCAAAACAAGAGAAAAAAAAAACACCGUGUCGAGUAAGGCAAAUAAAAAAGCAGUUAAAGGAGAAAAUUCUUUCGUAGAAAAUGUGGUACGCAGCAGUUUGGAAAACUUCCAUGGUAGCAUUUUCAGCGAAUAUAUGACGAAUGAAAGGGACAGCGCUGUCCCGUUCAGUAGCGAACAUGAACUUAUGGACACUGUAAGCACUGACCAGUUUUAUAACCCCAUCCUUAAGGAGAAUUAUCACCUGUCCAUGAAUUGUGGAAAUGUGAACUCUCCGCUUUUCAGAGCUAAGGGGGGAGAAUACAAUCCCUGCAAUGAUAGUGACAUAAUAAUGGCCUAUGGGAAAAGGGUCGAGACGCAGGAGACUCAGGAAACGGAGGAAGAAUUGUAUAAUAGCUUGUCUCGCGCAACGUCUGGGUCGCAUAAAAGAGAUACGCCAGUGCAUUCGAAAAGGGGGAAAUCUUAUGAAAGUGAACUGCAAAGAAGCAGUGUUUUCCUCGUGGGGAACGGAGCAGCAGUGAACGGAGCAGCGGCGAUCGGCGCAGCAGCGAACCCCAUUGAAGCCACCCCUCGUGAAGGAACGUCACAAAGAGGAAGCAACCCCAUGAACUUGUUACACGGGGCUAGCAAAUUCUGGCAUUUACUAAACAACGCAAAAUUAAGUUACUACUUUAACAACAACAAUAUGUGUAAGAUGUUUCACUCUUUGCCAAAAUAUGACUACCACGGGAACGUGAGGGACAGUACAAUCAAUGAGGAGGUCUUUCCUGAGACCCCCAUGGAGAAUCAAAACGCAGGUGACGCCACUUUGCAUCCCGCCGUCCAUUCGGGUGUCCAUCCGGGUGUUCAUUACGCAUCCCAUUUGUCGUCCUGCUCGUCCGUGUGCUCAGACCAAGGGAAGGCGAAAAGGUGGAACUCCUUUGACGUGGGGGGCACCACGAACGAAGUCACCACCAACGAAGUCACCAACAACGAAGUCACCACCAAUGAAGUCAACACCAACGAAGUCACCACCAAUGAAGUCACCGCCACCGAGGCGAACGUGAACAACCUCGGGGAGCGAAACUACCUUUCGGACAGCGUCCUCCAAAUAAGGAAACGCAAAAGGGAGUUCAUGAAGAAAAAUACCGAACACCGUUACGCAGAUCGAGUGUCCAAACCGUGGCAUUUUCUGCAUCAUAGGAGUGAAGAUAAUCACCAAGGAGGAACCAUCAUCCCUGGAGAUUACUCUUCCCAGAGUUUCACCCAUUUUUAUGGAGACAUCAAAAGUGAAUUCAGAUCCACCUAUCCUGAGGCACAACCUGCUGCCUAUGGGAAAAAGAUCAUAAGAUACGUUUCGCCCCACGCGAGGAAGAAUCAUUAUUUGAACCGCCUGGACAAACUGAACACCACGUUGGAGGGCUACCGAGGCGGACAUGAAGAGGACAAUGGGGAGGUGAACGGAGAAGGCAACGGAGAGGGCGACGGAGAAGGUAACGAUCGCCAAAACCGCUGCUCAUACACCAACGAUGACGCCGAGCUGUGCGACAUACUGGUGCAGAGGCUGCAGAGCGAUAAGUACAAGGGGACCGUGAUUAACAGAAACGUGGGCCUUGGGGUUCCCUAUGGAACGCACGGAAGGAGGGCCGAAGGCAGCGACGCUGUGGAGGCGAACUAUGAUGACAGCCACUGGCAUAGUAACGCCGACCAGUAUAAUAAUGCCUACCAGCAUAAUAACUCCGACCAGCAUGGUAACGCCGACCAGCAUGGUAACGCCGACGGAGGUGUAAGCAAGGGAAGUACCAUCAACCCCAACGAUGAGGCACAAAUGGAAAGCAAUUUCGAGGGGGAAAGAAGCGCCCCAAUUAACCACUUCCAUCACAAGCAGGCGAAGAACAUCAAAAGAGACAGACAUUACGAUGGGAUGAACAUGACCAAUCAGCUUAAUGGAGAGAAGGAUAACAUAAUUGUAUCCCACUACCUUCAUUACAAUAAGGGUGACAAAAAAGAGGAAGAGUUGGAGGGUGUGCAAAAUUUUCGUCUCUCCAGUAUCAACAUGAUGAAGGACCAAGUUGGUGUGAUGAACCCUAGUUUUAGACCAUUUAACGAUAUCAAGACUUUACCAAAUGGUUCGAAGAGGAAUGCCUUUUUGGGAAGCUCAACUAUUUUUAAAGGAGAAGAAAAAAUAGUCAAUCAAUACACUAAUGAGAUGGACCACUUAACCAAUUCCUAUCCACAGAUAUAUACAAAUCAAAGGAGCAGUGAUAACUUUUUGCCGCGAAUAUUAAAAAGCAAAUCCUUGAGUAAUAUUGAAAAAAGACCAUACAUAUAUAUGGAUCGAAGUGAGAGCAACCUUCUUCCCAUUAACAAUAACCACACAAGCAUACCGAAAAGUAGUUCAUAUAACAGAAUAAACUCCGGUGAUUAUUUUGAUUUACGUAGAGGAGAAGUUGCUAGUGAUCACUACCUGGUGAAGAAUGCUAUUGACAAUCAGUUAGAUAAUUCCAUGAGGGAUAUUUUCUUAAGUAAUUAUUAUGCCAAAUUGGAAAGUGCAAAAAUCGAUACUUCCAUCAAAAGUUACUAUAACAAAUUAACGUCGGAUGAUUAUAUGAAGAUAGGAGAGUACCUUCGGAGGGGGAGAAGAGAUCAUGUUACACAAGGUGCUUAUUCUUAUUUAAAAAAUGACAGUAAGGAGGAAGAAGGAGAAGGAGAAGAAGAAGGUCGUGAUAUUAAGGGGUCCAUAUCUCCGAGUGAUAACUCCUUUCUUAGCAGUAGUUACUUUAGUAACCUCCCAAAUGCAUACUCUUUUGAUAAACUGAUGAUGAAAAUACCCCGUAGUGAAGAAAUGGGGGAGAGCAACCGUAGCCACCCCAGUGAAGCUGAUAUAAGACUGGGAUUUCCCACCGUUGCACACAUCCCCACAGGAACGAACAUCACACUGAAUGAGAGUAAGCAGAUGAAGAGGAAUUCCCAAACGAGUGUACAGAAAAACACCCUUAAGGGUUCUAUCAUCCUGGGCAGAAAGGACCCGAACAGUAGGAAAACGGCCAAGUGUAGCACCUCGCACGGUAAGAGACCCCCAGAUAGUAAAGGUAAGAAUGCGAAGAUGAGGAGCAACGAGGUGGGCAGUGUUAGGGGCCAGCCGGUGAGCGUCUCCACCAGAAGGAGAGCAGCCGACAAGGGCACGGAGAAGGAGAGAAAGAAGCUGGAUAAACUGGAGAAGCUGGAGAAGCCGGAGAAGCAGGAGAAGCCGGAGAAGCUGGAAAAGCUGGAGAAGCCGGAGAAGCCGGAGAAGCUGGAAAAGCCGGAGAAACAGGACAAGCUGGAGAAGCCCAGCAAACAGGACGAGCACAACGAGUACAUCACGUUCAGCAUGGACUACAACGAAAAUAAAAACAUCAUUAAGGAACUCAUUCGAAAUAGAAGCAACCUGUUAGGGGGUUCCACCCCCAGGGGAAGCGUAUUGUCCAGGUCGUCCCACGUGGGACAGGCACUCCACAGCAGCACCACGAAUAACAGUGAGUCCAUCGAAGGAGGACAAAUAAAAACGACUAUAUUGAAUGCCAAAAAUUUGAAGAAGCACAUCCUAAGCAACCGAGUCAUCAUAUACUCCAAAGGAGUAGCCCUCGCAUACAACGUAGACGAAAUAAAUAAAAACAGCAUUUUCUUUUACAGUUUUGAAGAAACUAACAUCGCUACGAACUUAAAUAAUCCCACCUCUGUCAAUGGUGUUGCCACGACCUUGGUUCCAAACCACAACAGUGGCACCACCAAUAACAACAUUAACAGCAGUGCCAAGCAUAAAAGAAGUUACGACGAUUUCAAUAAAGAUACAAACAAACAAGCUGCAAACAGUAACAUAUAUUUCAAUUAUGCUCACAACAUCAACUUUAGUGAAAAAAAAAGUACAGAUAAGGGUAAAAACAAAAAAGUGACCACUUCUGUCCUUAACUAUGAUUACAAAAAAAUAAUUGACGAGGUUGGUCUUUUUAACGACAACAUCAAGCUACAGAUACCUCAGUUGAAAUAUAAGUUUAAAAGGUAUGUGCAUGUCGAGGAGGAUAAGAAUGAUGGGAAGAAGAACGAGGAGUGUAAUACCACGGAAGGACUAUCACCUCAUCACACGACAAGUGACCUGAAUGCGAUGAAUGCAAAGCUGAACGGCGCAGACGUCCCCACCCCCUGCAGUACUACCGACAUGAAAAAGAAGAAGAAAAAGAAGAAGGAGAAGAAGAAGGAGAAAAAGAAAACUUCUCCCACAAACGGGGAAGACGAAGAGACAGAUGUGGGAGAAGCGGAGGGAAGGGACCACGACGUUGUGCACUUAACGAACCACGCUGAGGGAGCGACCCUCUUGGGCAAAGGCCCCUUGGGAAACAACCACCCGGCGAAAAAGAAACAAACCGUGCUGAAAACGCCAAAGGAGGGACCCUCCAUCGGAUUGCCUGUAAAAGAAGAAAAGGGGUCGAAGAAAGGAAAACCGUCCCCCCCACUUGGUAAGAAACCCUGUGAGCACGAUGUGUUCCUCUCAUUGGGCGAAAAUGAAAAUGCAGAUCGAAGUAAUCGCUCCGGGAAUCCCGCCCCCCCUGUGCGCAACGGUAGUAAUAAUAAGAACGGCAAGCAUGAGGCACGCGAACCGUUGGAGUCGUAUGUGCCGCCUCAACACCACGACGAUGAAAACGCAGCAAAUGGAUGGAUCAAACCAGAUGUUAAGGAAGACAUCCCUGCUAGCCAACCCAAAGCGAACAAAAAAACGAGCAAAGGGGUGUUCACGGAGAGAAGCUCGACUAAUAGAGAAACACCUCGAAAUGACAGAAGUGGCAAGCAGAAGAAACCAAACGAGAAGAACAAAAAAGUGGUUCCAAAAAAUGCACAAAAUGAUGUGGACGAAGAAACACGCAUGGCCGAGAAGAAUGAAACGGUUGCGAUUGUGGAAGAUGCUGAAGAUGACCCACAGAAGAAACGCGAUGUGGAUGCCCCCCUUGGAAGAAAUUCGGAGGACAAAGGCGGGAAGAAGAAAAAGGGCGCAGUGCGAGUAGCAGGAGGGCUGGCACAAGGCGAACACGAAAGGGAGGGGCAAAAGGAGAAAAAGGAUCAAAAGGAGAAGGAGCAAAAGGAGGGGCAACAUGGAGACGAGAUGAAGAUUAACCCCAGUGGGAAGGAAAAUGCCAAGGAUAGCAACGAUGGUAGGUGCCCCCCUUUUGACGAAGAAGAAGAAGAAAAAAAAAAAGCGGCGCAUAAUAACCCCCAGGGGGACACACACAACGAGGGAGACCCUGCUGGUAGGAGGAAAGACAGUUAUAAAAGAAGACAAAUAAAUCUAAUAAGUGAUGUGAAAAAGGAACAGCAGCCAUAUUGUUCGAGCUCCCCUGACGUACCUUCCAAAGAGCACGAUGAGGACAAGAACAAUUAUGAAGUGGAACCAAACGAAGCACAAAGGAACGACUGUGGUCGUGAGGACGGUAGCAAUUCUGCUUCGUUACUAGAAAAUAAAUCCUCUGAUGAUAUGCUGGAUGGGAAAAACAAAGAGACGAGUGGUCAUCACCCAAAUGUUCAUUCAGUGGAGGGAAAUCCCAUUAGUGUAAAGAAGAAAAAGAAAAAUCUCGAUAACGACAAGGAUAACGUCGAUAGAAUUUCACCCUCCGAAACUGACACACGUGUACCAACGAAAAGAAGGAAGACAGCCGAUGAGUACAAUGGUGAGCGGUCAGAUGAAAAGGAUAACAAAGAGGAGACCACUACUCCAACACACAAAUUAGCAGCUGUAAAAAGGGACAGUAAGGAGGAGGACAACGAAGAAGCAAAAGGAAAUUUCCAUUCAAAAAAUUCAGACGAACGAAGCAACCUUAAGAAGGGGCACUCUCUAGAGAGUGAAAACGUAAAGGGGGAAAAUAACACCAUGGAUAUUCUGUGGAUCCCAUUGCAAACAGAGAUGCUUCUUCAUCGUAGGAAGGCUCGCUCGAAAAAAAUAAUUUAUGACGACGAUGAGGAUGAUGAGUGCGAAGUGAAUACUCAGAUGAGCCCCAGUGGGGUAGAACUGGCAGCGGAGGGACAAGAUCCCCGAGAAACGAAUUUGAAUAAUGAGGAAAUCGAAACGGAUACCUCGUGUCAUAAGGAGACUAAUAAGAGCCAUCCCGGAGGGGUAAUGCGACAAGCGGAAAAUAAUCAUCACGCGCAUCGUGAGAAAGGUACUUAUCGAAAGCGUAAACUAGAUGAACAGCUAAGCGGUGACAGUCGAUCGAGUAGCAAGGGGAGAGAGCAAAUGCUGCAUCCCCGGGAUGAGAUGGCCCGUCUACACAAAGAGAGACAUUCGCCGUAUAGUCCUAUCAGAAUGAUCGAUCGUUAUGAUGAACAGACGCAAAGAAGAGACCAAAAGAAAGAGUAUGCAUCGAUGGUACCCAAGAGGAUGCAGAAGGAGGACAACGAAUCGUCUGCGACGAACAAGAAUGAUGCAUUCGCCGAGGGAGAGGCAAACGAACGCGCUCACCCUCACGAGUGCAGCGAAGGUGACCCCAAGGGUUACAGCAAGAAACAAAGGAUACACGACUACAAGCAUGAGAGAGAUGAUACAGAAGUGUGGCAGCACAAUGCCAGGGGGCAUUAUGUAAAGGGUGCUUAUGACCAGAGUGAAGAAAGGCAAAGUGUGAACGGCCGGGGCAGCCGAAUUUCUCACUCCCCCUCCGUCGAUAGGUACGAAGAUGAGCACAGCGACAGGCACAGCGGCAGGUACAGUGGCAGGCACAGCGGUAGGAACAGCGAUAAGUAUAGCGAUAGGCACAGCGAUAAGUACAGCGGUAGGAACAGCGAUAUGUACAGCGGCAGGAACAGCGAUAGGUACAGUGGCAGGUACAGCGGCAAGCACAGCGGCAGGCACAGCGAUAAGUACGGCGACACGCAGCUUGACAGGCCGGGAAAAUUCGACCUGUACCCGAAGCACCACUCGGAUAUGUACGACCGCAGGGAUAAGGGCUACACCGGACACAACGGGAACCCCCCGAGACAUGAAACGUAUACAAAGCAUGUCAGCGACUACGACCACCAUGGGCGAUUUGAAAAAAACAGUCGAUACGGGAAGAACGACCUGAGUGGGAAAACGGACCGCUAUGAUAACCGAGAAAACAAAUACCAUCCAAGAAACGAAAGGAUGGAAGAAAAUUUGAGGAAGCAUGAAAGCGAACAAUUUAAAAAUGCUAACUGUGAUAAGGGACAUCAUACUAACACGACCAGUCGCAACAGUAACCGUAGCUCUCUUAACCGAAACAGUAGCCAUGCGGAAGAGACAGAGAAGGAGUUUCCGAAUGGGAGUUAUAAAAGGGAAAGGGAGGAACGGGAGCAACUCGAUGGAAGAGCAGACGAACAGGAAAAUAACAACUACACAAGGUACGCAGAAAAAAAAAGUCGGUAUGACUAUGUGGAGAGCGACUACAAAGGAAGGCACGUGGAGAGCGACUACAAAGAAAGGUACGUGGACAACGAUAAGGAUGACAAACAUUUUGGCAUAAGGAUUAAACAGAGUAAUCACCACUUUCAGGAGAAUGAUCCCAAGCAUUAUGCGAGUGUCUACAGCGGAUACGGAACCAAGGGUGACAAGUUCCACCAGCAUGGCGGCUACGAUGGCGCCUACCAUGGUGACCACUACAGCCAUCACAGUCACCUCGACCGACGGGAUCAUCACGAUCGACGGGAUUAUCACGAUCGACGGAAUCACCACGACCGACGGGAUCACCACGACCGACGGGAUCACCACGACCGAUGGGAUCACCACGACCGACGGGAUCACCACAACCGACACGACCACCACGACCGACGCGAUCACCAUUUUUACCGCCAGGGCCCCCCCAGCAAUAAACUCGUUAACAAGAGCUACAAAAAUUAG